AUGAAAGAAACAAGUUAAUUGAAACCGGUGACAUAGAAGAAAAAUAAGAGUAAUUUUUUAUUGGAAAUGAAUGAGAAGGAUAAAGAAGUCAAUAAUCAGAUUAUAAAGAACAUGAAUAAGAGAGUGAAUUAUCUAAAGAAUCCUAGAUUCAAAAUUAAUAAAGCACCUGUUCUAUUUUCUUACAUAAAUACAAAGCAAGUAUGAUUAAUUUAAAUUAACUUAGGAUAUAGUAGUAGAGAAAGAUUAAAUAACAUCUUUUAGAGUAUUUCCUAAAUAAUUAGUAUUCAGAGAGUACAUGUUGAAUGGGAUGUAUGAAAUAGAUUUGUAUGUUACAAAUGCCACCGGAAUUUUGUAGAGAAUAAAAGUGCUGCCCCCUGAAAAGUGAGUGAAUUAACAUUAUUUUAGAAAGGAGUUUCAGAUAGCAUCUAUAAAAUAUCCAACAAAAGAGGACGGAUGUAUAGCUCCAGGAAUGAGUGCAAUAUUAAAGGUGAGAUUUAAUCCAUCUUCUUUGGCAGAGUUUGAUGAUACCAUUGCUGUAAUAACAGAGGAUCAUAUUUUAAAAGUUCCAUUAUUAGCAAGAAAGGAACCUCCAUAAUUAGAUUUGCCAUCAUAAUUAGAUUGUUAAAGUUGUUGGAUAGGUGAUUAAGUAGAAACUAGAUUUGUUGUUAAAAAUUCAGGAGGAGAAGCAGGUUAUCGUUUUUUUAUAAAUAAUUAAUAAGAAUAGUAAGAAGAAGAAAACUACAUACAGAUUGGCAAUUUUUAUUUAUCACCUGCUGAAUUCUUCUUACAUAAAGGGGAAACAUAAAUAAUCUAGGCUAUUUUUAAACCAGAUCUUGAAGGAGAAGUUAUAGAGAACAUUAUUUUAGGAUGUGAUAAUCUAACUUAAGCCACAUUAAAGUUAAUAGGCAAAGGUAAUAUGGUAGAAUUAGGAAUCUUGGGAAUUGAUAAUAUUAAUCUAGAAAAGUCAGAAUAAUUACAUAAAAUAUUUUUUAAUGAUCCUAUACCUAAAGUUGAGACCAGUAGAAAAUUAAAAAUAAGAAAUAAAACAUCAGUUAAAGUUAAAUAUCAUUGGUAUUUAUAAAAUGAUGAUAAAGAAUUAAAAUUAGAAGACGAAUAAAAUUAUUAUACUAUUUAACCUUAAGAGGGAUACUUUUAACCUAAUGAGGUUGUAGAUUUUGAAAUCUUUUUAAAAAGUGAAGAGUAUUAUCCUCUAUUUUAAACUGCCUAUUUAAUUAUAGAUGAUAUACCAUUUGAAAGUAUUCGUAAUCCUCCACCUAAUUUAAAAUAGUAAUUUGAAAAUAAUUAAUAAUCUGUUGCUAUUGGAUCCAAUAGUAUUAAACCAUCAAUUACUUAUUUUGAAUUUGAAUUGAUUAGCAAAACUGCACUUGCUGAUGUUAGUGUAACUCCACAAUUUUACAAAUUUCCUGUUCCUAUUUGUGUCAAUACUUUGUAGACUUAUAAAUUUAAAUUGUUUACAACUUCAAAAACUUAAAUCAAAUAUUAAAUUAAUUCACUUCAAUUAGAUUAUUUCUAUAUACAAGAUAAAUAAGGAAUCAUUAAUCAUGAUGCUGAAAUUGUAUUAGGAAUUUAAAGUACUGAAGUUGGCUAAAUUAAAUUGGAAUAUAGAAUUGACUUUGAUUAUGCUAAUUCUAUACUUAUUACAAUAUUUGCUGAAAUUAUUGCUCCAAUCAUUUCAGUUAAAUAAAGUUGGUUGAAUUAUGGAUUAAUUCAAACUUAUUCUUUGGAAUCAUAAGAGUUAACCAUUAAUAAUUUGUCACCAGUUUCUGCUUUAAUUAAAGCUUAAUCUGGAUCAGAUUAAAGAUUAUUAUUUAAUAAAGAUUAGUUUGAGAUCAAACCAAAUAGUUCUAUUUAAUUUAAAGUAGAAUUUCAAUCUAGAGAAGCUGAAACAUAUAAUGAUUUCUUAUAUUUUUAGGUUGAAAAUGGUGAUUGUGCAGUUUUAGAUGUAUUUGCAGAGGUUUAAAAUCCAAGUGUCUCAUUAAAUAGAUUAUCUUUAAAUAUUGAUACUCUAUAUUGUGGAAAUACAUAUACAUUUGAUUAAAGAGCAUAAUAAUACAUAAUGUUAUAAAAUUUAGGUAAUAUCAGUACUCCUUUUGAAUGGGUAGUAGAUAAUGAAAAAUAAGAAAAAUAUUUAGUUUANGGAAUUGAUAAUAUUAAUCUAGAAAAGUCAGAAUAAUUACAUAAAAUAUUUUUUAAUGAUCCUAUACCUAAAGUUGAGACCAGUAGAAAAUUAAAAAUAAGAAAUAAAACAUCAGUUAAAGUUAAAUAUCAUUGGUAUUUAUAAAAUGAUGAUAAAGAAUUAAAAUUAGAAGACGAAUAAAAUUAUUAUACUAUUUAACCUUAAGAGGGAUACUUUUAACCUAAUGAGGUUGUAGAUUUUGAAAUCUUUUUAAAAAGUGAAGAGUAUUAUCCUCUAUUUUAAACUGCCUAUUUAAUUAUAGAUGAUAUACCAUUUGAAAGUAUUCGUAAUCCUCCACCUAAUUUAAAAUAGUAAUUUGAAAAUAAUUAAUAAUCUGUUGCUAUUGGAUCCAAUAGUAUUAAACCAUCAAUUACUUAUUUUGAAUUUGAAUUGAUUAGCAAAACUGCACUUGCUGAUGUUAGUGUAACUCCACAAUUUUACAAAUUUCCUGUUCCUAUUUGUGUCAAUACUUUGUAGACUUAUAAAUUUAAAUUGUUUACAACUUCAAAAACUUAAAUCAAAUAUUAAAUUAAUUCACUUCAAUUAGAUUAUUUCUAUAUACAAGAUAAAUAAGGAAUCAUUAAUCAUGAUGCUGAAAUUGUAUUAGGAAUUUAAAGUACUGAAGUUGGCUAAAUUAAAUUGGAAUAUAGAAUUGACUUUGAUUAUGCUAAUUCUAUACUUAUUACAAUAUUUGCUGAAAUUAUUGCUCCAAUCAUUUCAGUUAAAUAAAGUUGGUUGAAUUAUGGAUUAAUUCAAACUUAUUCUUUGGAAUCAUAAGAGUUAACCAUUAAUAAUUUGUCACCAGUUUCUGCUUUAAUUAAAGCUUAAUCUGGAUCAGAUUAAAGAUUAUUAUUUAAUAAAGAUUAGUUUGAGAUCAAACCAAAUAGUUCUAUUUAAUUUAAAGUAGAAUUUCAAUCUAGAGAAGCUGAAACAUAUAAUGAUUUCUUAUAUUUUUAGGUUGAAAAUGGUGAUUGUGCAGUUUUAGAUGUAUUUGCAGAGGUUUAAAAUCCAAGUGUCUCAUUAAAUAGAUUAUCUUUAAAUAUUGAUACUCUAUAUUGUGGAAAUACAUAUACAUUUGAUUAAAGAGCAUAAUAAUACAUAAUGUUAUAAAAUUUAGGUAAUAUCAGUACUCCUUUUGAAUGGGUAGUAGAUAAUGAAAAAUAAGAAAAAUAUUUAGUUUAAUUUGAACCAAAAAAAGGAGUUCUAAAACCUAAAACAAAUUAAAUAAUAAAAUUUUCAAUAAAGCCAAAAGAAGGGGGAAAAUUAAAUGAGCUUUUUGUAUGUGAAGUGCAAGGUUUAUAAUAUCCAUUAGGUUUUGAGAUGAAUACAAUGAUUUAUGGUUUAUCAGUAGAAUAUGAAUUGGUUGAUGAUAGUGCACAUAUAUCUUCAAAAACAUCAGUAAGUUCUAAAUCAAAAAGUUUAAAAGAUUCAAGAAAAUCACUUUUGAAGGCAGAUACUGAGAUAAAAAAUUAAUAGAUGGAUAAAUUAGAAUUUUAUAAUUGUACAAUAAAUUAACCAAAGUAAGCAAAAUUUUUAAUAAAGAAUACAUCUGGUAUUCAUACAUAAUUUAAUUUAUUUAUGAGAAAGUAUUAACCACAUGCAUUAGAAGAGUAAUCAACACUUUUUGAUGAUUUCGAUGCUAAAUCAUAAGCAGCAAGAACAAUAAAGUUUGCAGAAUCUUCAAUAUCAAAAUCAGUAUCUAAAAAAGGAAAGAUUACUUAAAGUGGAAGACCUGUAGUGUUAUUAACAAAUAAGAUAGAGAAAACACAUAAUUUUACUUCAGAAGCAGGAUUGAAAUUGAAUAAAUAAAAGAAGAUGGAACAUGAUUAGAGAGUGUAUUUAUCAAAUAAUUUGGGAAUAGCAGUAGUAUUUGAACCAUCAUAAGGUACAUUGAAUGCAUAUGGAUCAGUGGUAGUUUAGGUAACAGUAUUUAAUGAUAUAUGUGGAUUAUUUGAAGAUUAAAUGUGUUGUGAUAUAAGAGGACUUCCAACUAAAGAAUUUCCAAUAGCAAUAGAUAUUAAAGGUUCUCCAAUAGUAAUAAGUCCAAGUUAAUUGGGAUUUAAUUAUAAAACAGAUUUUCCUACUUUUGAUUUAGGUACUUAUAUGAGAAAUUUUGGAACAAUUAGUAGAGAUUUUAGAGUAUAAAAUACAGGGCCUUAAGAUGUAGAAUUAGAAUGGAAAAUUUAUAAUUUAGGAAAUAACACUAUAUCUGAUUAUUUUGAUAUUAAAAUAACAGAUCCUUAAUUAGGAUCAGAUUAAUUAUGUGAUGUUUAAUUUAUAGCAAAUGAACCUCCAGAAUCAAAAGAUGGACCUUUUUAAGUUGUACCUAAUAAAGAGAGAAUUAAAUAAAGGAAAGAAAAACACUUUACUUUACAUUUUACAACUCAAGAUACUGGAAAUUAUAGUGCUUGUUUAGUAGCUAGGCCAAGACUUAUAAAUUAGGAUAAAACUAUUGGAGAAGUAGCUUUUUAUGUAAAAAGUGAAACUAUUACACCAUAUUUAACAUUUGAUAAACUUGAAAAGUUAGAAGGCGGAUUCUAAGUUAAAUUUUAAAAAUGGUCAAGUGGUUUUAAUGAAAAAUAAGAAAAGAAAAUAGUUUUAGUAAAUAGAUAAAAAUCAAGUUUUGUUUGUACUUUUGAAAUUGAAGGACCAUUUAAAUUAAUGCAGACUUCAACAAAUUCUCCAUAAAAAUAUGAAUUAGGUAUGAAAACUGAGAUUGCAAAGACAUUUAAUUUAGUAACAGAUUCCCAUGUAGAAUUGUUAAUAAAAUUUGAUGGUUAUUAACCUAGCGAUCCAAUUAAUUGGCCUCUUACUUAUAAAGUAUAUCAUCAUGGAUUGAUUAAUAUAUUUUAUGCUAAUGGGGAUAAACAAUCAAUUUAAUUAGAAGGAGUUUUACUUAGACCAUUUGUUCAUUUGAAUACUUCUGGAAUUGAUUAAGUAGAGGGUCCUGAUGUAUUAGAUUUUGGAGAUGUACAAGAAGUUAAAACUAUUGCUAUAUAUUUAUCAAAUUUAUCAUUGGUACCUGCAUAAUGGAAAUUAUAACAUUAAAAGAAUCCUUUAAGAAAAAACAUUGUUGAAAGAACUAUGACUUUAGAAGAUAAAGAAGAAAUGAAGAAAACUGAUGAUCCUUCUGUUUUUGAAUUUUAAAUAACUGAAGGGAAAUUAGAUGGUCCAUCUACUAUGGUACAUACUCUACCUCAUGCUACAUGUUUACCUUAUCAAAUCACUAUUGAUGAUAUUAGAGAAUUAGGUGUAUAACCAUUUAAAAUACUUAUUAGAUUCAAAGUUAUUUAUAUAUCAUUAUUUAUAGCCUACUGCUGAAUUAUUAUAUAAAUCUAAAUAUAGAAUCAAAGUAUAAGAUGGACCUAGUGUAGAUUUUAUUCUCAGAGGAACUGGUAAAGAUUUGAUCAAAAGAAAGGUAUGA